AUGAAUGAACCUAAUAUUGUGCAAUUACUUGAAGAUACUGAAUAUGUUGGACCUUGUCAGUACUAUGAUGUCACGGAUGCUGCUGAGAUGGAUUUUGUUAAUGGAGGUGAAGCUUGUGACGAAAUAGAUUGUGAAGAUCCUAACUGUUCAGAACAUGGUGCUUGUGUACACGGCCAGUGUUAUUGUAAAGCAGGUUGGAAAGGACCAAACUGUGAUGUGAUUGAUGAGCAAGUACACAAAUGUUUGCCCACUUGCUCAGAACAUGGCAUGUAUGAUUUGGAAACUGCUAAGUGCAUCUGUAACAGACACUGGACUGGGCCAGAUUGUUCACAGCCACUUUGUAACUUGGAUUGUGGAGAUCAUGGGCAUUGUGAGCUUGGAAAAUGUCACUGUGAUCAAGGCUGGACUGGCCCAAGAUGCGAGCAAUUGCCAUGCGAUAAUCGAUGUCAGGAACAUGGGCAGUGUAAAAAUGGAACAUGUGUUUGCUCACAGGGAUGGAAUGGUCGCCAUUGUACAUUACCUGGAUGUGAAAAUGCCUGUUCCGGACAUGGUCAAUGUACACUGGAGGAAGGUUAUUAUAAAUGCGUUUGCAUUGAAGGUUGGGCCGGUUUCGACUGCAGCAUAGCCCUAGAAGCAGAAUGCCAAGAUGACAUAGAUAAUGAUCACGAUGGUAUGGUGGACUGCUCUGACAGCGAAUGUUGCUCUCAUCCAAGCUGUUCAGAUCACAUCAUGUGCAUAUCUAGUAACGAUCCGGUAGAAGUUCUCUUAAGAAAACAGCCACCUUCAGUUACAGCUUCCUUCUAUCAACGAGUAAAGUUUUUAAUCGAAGAAAAUUCCGUUCAGUCGUACGCUCAUAUGGACGAGUAUACCGAGAGCGAGUUCUGGAACUCCUUUACACCGCGUCGAGUUGCAGUGAUGAGGGGACAGGUUGUAUCGCCUCAAGGUUUGGGAAUCGUUGGCAUACGAGUUUCCGUGGACAGGGAGUCAAAGUUUGGAUUUACGCUUACGAGAAAUGGAGGCUGGUUUGACGUAUUAGUUAAUGGCGGGGGAGCUGUCACCUUACAGUUUCAAAGAUCGCCAUUUAAACCUAAAACUAUUACAGUUUAUGUUCCAUGGAAUCAGAUUAUUGUUUUGCCACCUAUUCAUAUGCAACUCACAGAAGAUGGAAAUAGUCAACAUUUAAUCGAUCGGAAUCCAGCCCUCUACUUCCCUGGCGUGUCCAGAUCCUUCUUCGAUUCGGACGGGUCGUUGCCCAACGUGUGCGAGGAACACGAUCCGGAACUGCUCAGACCGAUCGUAACUGGCACGUGGAUGCCGGAGGCCGUUGGAGGAAUGCAGGGAAAGAGCAUCAUAUUCGCCGAGACCCAAAUUGUCCAGGAAUCUAUUCCAAUUCCAGGUUCCGAAUUAAAUAUUCUCUACCAGAGCUCCCAAACCUUAGGUUACUUGAGUACCAUUCACAUGAAACUAACCAAUGACAAGAUACCAAGCACCCUAACCCAUGUCCAUGUUCGAGUUGAAAUUGAAGGCUGCCUCUAUGUGAGAACGUACGAAGCCGAUCCCAAUAUUUAUCACACAUUCGCCUGGAAUAAGAGAAAUAUCUACAAGCAAAAAGUUUACGGAAUUGCCAUGGCCAAGAUAUCUAUUGGCUAUCAGCACGAAACGUGUCCCGACCUAGUUUGGGUUACACAAACUUCGGAAAUUAAAGGUUUCGAUGUUGAUAUCUCAGAUAUAGGCGGCUGGGGCUUGGAUAUUCACCAUCAUUAUAACUUUCACGAGGGAAUACUUCAAAAAGGCGACGGAUCAACCUUGCACUUUAAGAAAUAUACUAGAAUGGUUAAAGUAGUGAUGGGUACGGGACUGCAACGCAGCGUCGACUGUCCAGGCCAAUGUGACGGCCCCGCCAAAGACGCGCGUCUUCUAACACCGGGGUCAUUAGCCAGUGGCCCUGAUGGCAGCAUCUACGUUGGGGAUUUCAACCUGGUCAGGAGAAUCACUCCCGAAGGAAAAGUCUACACCGUGUUGCAGCUGAGAGCAACUCAAGUAGCAUAUCAAUAUUAUCUUACAAUAUCACCAGCUGAUGGACAUCUUUAUGUCUCGGAUCCAGAAAAGCAUCAGAUUCUUAAAGUCUUAUCUUUAGAACCGGUACAAGAUCCUAGUAUUAACAGUGAAGCAGUGGUUGGUAACGGUGAGCGCUGCAUUCCAGGAGAUGACACUGCAUGCGGAGAUGAAGGUCCAGCAAAACAGGCACGAUUAGCUCACCCUAAAGGUAUAGCAGUUGCUGUCGAUGGUACUAUGUACAUCGCUGACGGGACCAAUAUUAGAGCUGUCGAUCACAAAGGAAUCAUCCAUACAUUAAUUGGUAAUCACGGGCAUCAUAACCACUGGAUACCUAUUGCUUGUAGUGGAGCAAUUUCUGCUAGUCAGGCUCAACUACAAUGGCCCACCGGUCUAUCUUUAAGUCCUUUGGAUGGAGCUAUUCACUUUAUAGACGACAGGCUGAUAUUGAAACUCACAGCAGAAAUGAAAGUGUCAGUUGUAGCAGGAACACCACUUCAUUGUCAUAAGGCUGCAAAUAUAACAGUGAACGAAGAUAAUGUCUUAGGAACUGUGCUUGCACUAGCAUUCAAUCCCACCGGCGAUCUAUACAUUGCCGAAUCCGACACACGCAACACGUAUUACAUCCGACUCAUAGACACCACCGGCAAAAUUACGUAUUUUGCCGGUACACUGCAAUCGAAGAGCAAAAAGUGUCAAUGUCCCGUGAACGUAACAACGACAAGCCCCAUUAGGACCAGCCGAGAUUUACCUGCCGAUUGUUUAUGUUCGUCUGGCGACGACACCACCAGCAAUGCCGAAACGUUGCUGUCCUCCAAUGCUCGCUUCCAAACCAUUUCCGCCAUUAGCGUUUCGCCAGGUGGAACAGUAUACAUAGCAGAUCAAGGUUCAUUGCACAUUCUUGCCUUAGAACAUUAUUUGCCAACCCAUGAUGAAAACGGAGAAUUUCGAAUACCUUUUCCAUCUUCAGGCGAAGUUUACGUUUUCAAUAGAUAUGGACAGCAUGUUGCAACUAAAGACUUGUCUAGCGACAAGACUCGAUAUUCCUUCUUGUACUCUAAAAAUACUAGUUUUGGAAAGCUAUCGACAGUAACGGAUAGCUCAGGAAAUAAAAUCCAAUUUUUACGAGAUUACAGCAACGCAGUGAGUUCGAUCGAAAAUACCCAAGACCAUAAGUCGGAACUGAAGAUGUCGGGCAUGGGGUAUUUGUCGAAACUAAGUGAGAAAGGAAGGUCGGAAAUUGAACUGGAUUACGACCAGAACACGGGACUUCUGCUUAGUCGCAGCGGGGGAAGUGAUACAGUAAUCUAUCAAUACGACUGGUUGGGUAGAGCAAUUAGUGUAACGCUGCCAAGCGGGGAAAUUUUGCAAUUAAAUUCGAAAAUGUCCAAUACUGAGGGUUUGGAAAUAUCCAUCAGUCAACCGCCGACAAUUUUAAACAUUAAUGGAAAAGCAAACAAGCAAAUCAUUCUCAUUGACGGUGCCGCAGUAACCAAGGCUGUAACCUUAACAAACUCUACUGUUGUUGUGAAGAGCCCAUCUGAGAGCAAGUUGGAAAUAUGCGCCAUCGAGCGCCAUCCCUUAUUAGAAGCCUCUCUGCCUGUGGAAGCAGAACUCUUGCCUGUGUGGUCCCAUCAAACAACAACAUUUGGAAAUGAAAUUUCCAACACUAUGUCAACAGUUUUUAGUUUAGUCGGCGAUGUUCGCAAUCUACAGCAAACUCUCUACAGAGAGAUAUAUGUCAAUGGCACCAAAGUGCUAGGUAUCGAAUUCGACCAAUUCACGAGCAAGGAGACUUUCUUUGAUUAUGACAAGUUGCCUCUGUUAACAAUUAUUUAUGAUCCGGCGGGGCUUCCUCUAUCGUAUAUACCAUAUAAUGGCGCAGAUAGUCUAAAUAUAACGUACGACAGUUUUAACAGGAUUGACGGGUGGAAAUGGGGAGCCUCUCAACUCAAAUACAGCUACGACCGACACGGUUUAUUGUCGGAAAUCACGAGCCCACAGGAUGGAAUUCAAAUAUUUACCUAUGACGAAACUAAUACUUUAACAAAAAUUACUUUAGCCAGCCAAAGAAACUUCUUGCUAACGUAUGACGACAAUGGAGGACUGCGACACGUUACCUUACCAAGCGGAACAAGGCAUUCCUUCGCCCUUCAGCCAUCUCUAGGAAUUAUAAGGGUGGUGUAUACAUCGCCAGGAAGUUCACGCUCAUACCUACAACAUUUCUCUAAUUCCGGCAGGUUGUUGCAAACUGUAUUUCCAGGAGAGGGGGCUCGAAUCGUAUAUCGAUAUUACGAUAGUGGUAAACUCAAGGAGGUUGUUCAUGGUGACGGUAAGACCCUCCAUUCCUACUCCGAGACCUCAGGAUUACCAAGUCAAGUGAGCCACUUAGAAAAGGAUGUAGAGUAUCAAUGGGACUAUCAGUUCGUCGGUGAGCUUUUAACCGAAGAACGCAUAAAUUUUGGUGCCAAAACAGGUCUUAGCAAUGCAAAGUUUACUUACGACUAUGACAAUAAUUAUCGCCUAGUUAAUCUACAAGGAAGAAUCGGCGGUCAAAACUUACCUCUGUAUAAUAUAGCAUAUAACUUUAAGACUGGUACCGUGGAACAAUUAGGACCAUUUAAGAUUAUUAAACUUAAAGCCAAUGAAACUCAAGUAUAUGAUGGCACAGCGCUAUUCUCUAGCAUGCAAAACUCACGCUUUUUGGAAUCUAGAGUUGCUCUUACAAUACACGGGAUGGAAGUUUUUAAAAUGGAAUUUAGUCAUGAUUUGCAUGGGAGGAUAUCUCAAACUCGGACAUAUACUAAAAAUGUUGGUGUAAACACUUAUACAAAUGUCAAAAAUUUUACAUGGGAUUGUGAUGGACAACUCUUGGGGGUUGAAGCUCAAGAACCUUGGGGAUUCAGAUAUGAUGAUAAUGGGAAUAUGUUAUCAUUAACAUAUAGGGGUAAUACUAUACCAAUGGAAUACAAUAGUAUGGAUAGGAUUAUUAAGUUUGGGGAAGGUCAGUAUAAAUAUGACAGCAGAGGUUUAGUAAUACAAAAUGCUAGAGAAGAAAAAUUUCAUUACAAUGCUAAAGGUCUUUUAACGAGAGCUACAAAAAGAGGUAGAUUUGAUGUUCGAUAUUUCUAUGAUCACAUGGAUAGACUGUUGGCUCGUAAAGAUAAUUUUGGCAAUGUUACCCAGUUCUUCUAUAAUAAUGACAAACAACCUAGGGAAGUUAGCCAAAUCUACUCUCCAAGAGAUGGAAAAUUAAUGUCGUUGGUUUAUGAUAACAGGGGACACUUAAUCUUUGCCCAAGUUUAUAGACAUAAAUAUUAUGUUGCCACUGAUCAGUGUGGAACCCCUGUGAUGAUUUUCAACCAAUAUGGAGAAGGUAUUCGGGAAAUUAUGCGAUCACCGUAUGGGCAUAUCGUAUAUGACUCUAAUCCAUAUCUGUAUCUCCCCAUUGAUUUUUGUGGAGGUAUUUUAGAUCAGGUUACUUCAUUAGUUCAUAUGCCAAAUGGUAAAGUAUAUGAUCCAUUGAUUGGUCAAUGGAUGUCACCACUAUGGGAGGAUGUCUUGGAUCGUAUUUCAACACCUACACAACUGCAUCUAUAUAGGUUUAACGGUAAUGAUCCAAUAAAUAUGGAUGUUGACAGGGAGAAACCAAAAGAUCAUAUUGACUGGUUGCAAAAGAUAGGUGUUGAUCUAAAGAGCAUAUCACCACAGUUGUUUAUGGAAAAACUUUCUGGAGGACAAUUAUCUCCCCAAAUAAGUACAGAAAGAUCAUGGAAACUUCAAAACGUUAUUACUAGUCAACUAACCAGCAGCAGAAGAAUUACAGAAGCAGAAUCUGGUUUCUUGGCCCAUAUUAACUCAAAAAGAAUGCAGAACGCUUAUGAACUAAGCGUAUUCUCAAAAUCUGCGCUUAAAGUCGAUGCUAUUAAUCUAAAACCGAAAAAGAUUGGGGCUUCUUCUGAUCCACCAUUUGGAAGAGGAAUUUUGGUAUCAAAAACAGAUUCCGGUGAAGCUAUAGUAUCGAGCGUACCAGCAGCUAAUCCCAUUUAUAGCGAUGUCUACACAUCGAUACAUGGAAAAUUAACGACGAUAAAGCGCAACUAAAAAGAUUACAAGGUCAGGUCAAUACGACUUUCCACGAGAAUGUUAAAGAAAAUGGAAGUGGAAAUAAUUAUUUUGAU